CCUCCCCUGGACUCGACGCGUUUUGCGACAACACCUCAAUGUGAGCUACCCCAAGCUGCGCUGCCAGCUCCCAACCUCCAACCAUCAGAGAGAAGUGAGCGGAGAGUGGCGAGCGUACUCAAUUUUGAACUUUUCAUUUUUGAUCGGUUGCUUGACAGGCUCUUCCUGCGACCGACAUCAUGGCGACUACUUCGUCCAUGUUCAUGUACUCCCUGACAGUCCAGCCUCCUACUGCUGUCACUCAGGCCAUCUUAGGACAAUUUGCUGGGACGAAAGAGCAACAGAUUGUCACUGCUUCUGGCUCUCGUCUUACUCUACACCGACCAGAUCCCUCACAGGGUAAAAUCAUCACCGCUCUUUCGCACGAUGUCUUUGGGAUUAUCAGAGCCAUCGCAGCCUUCAGACUAGCGGGCAGUAAUAAGGGUAUGUCCUUCAAUAUCCUCUCCUCUUGAAAUCCACUUAGUGAUGAGCAUGGCUGGCAGCACCCGAUACACCACCAUGAAUUGUUGGCGUCAACAAGAAUUCGAGAGCCCUUGUGCUGCCUUGAAGAGUUUGGCUAAAGAAGAUCCAUGCAGAUUACAUUAUCAUCACCUCAGAUUCGGGUCGCAUCACAAUUGUGGAAUUCGUGCCCGCGCAGAAUCGCUUCAACCGAUUACAUCUCGAGACUUUUGGAAAGUCAGGCGUUCGUAGAGUCAUUCCAGGACAGUACCUAGCGGUCGACCCGAAAGGGCGCGCAUGCUUGACAGCUUCUGUGGAGAAGAACAAGCUUGUAUAUGUGCUUAAUCGCAACUCCCAAGCUGAGCUUACUAUUUCGUCUCCAUUGGAAGCACAUAAACCUCAGACUUUGGUUUUUGCAUUAGUCGCGUUGGAUGUGGGCUAUCAAAAUCCCGUCUUUGCGGCUCUCGAAAUAGACUACGGAGAUUCAGAUCAAGAUCCCACUGGUCAAGCAUACGAGGAGAUAGAGAAAACGCUGGUGUAUUAUGAAUUGGAUCUUGGUCUGAACCACGUUGUGCGCAAAUGGGCAGAUCCGGUAGACCGAACAGCUUCCGUACUCUUUCAAGUGCCCGGUGGUACUGAUGGACCGAGCGGAGUUCUUGUGUGUGGAGAAGAUAAUAUCACAUAUCGGCAUUCGAAUCAGGAAGCCUUCCGAGUUGCCAUUCCACGGCGCCGCGGAGCGACGGAAAAUGCUGAACGCAAGCGAUCGAUAGUUGCUGGUGUAAUGCACAAGCUUAAAGGUGCUGCGGGAGCUUUCUUCUUUCUUCUCCAGACUGAGGACGGUGAUCUAUUCAAAAUCACGAUAGAGAUGGUCGAGGACGACGAAGGUCAGCCAACAGCAGAAGUCAAACGCCUGAAGAUCAAAUAUUUCGACACAGUGCCGGUAGCUUCAAGCCUGUGUAUUCUGAAGAGUGGAUUCUUGUUUGUUGCAAGUGAGUUCGGGAACCAUCAAUUUUAUCAGUUCGAGAAACUUGGAGACGACGACGAGGAGAUAGAGUUCGUUAGCGAUGACUUUCCCACCGACCCAACUGCUCCUUAUACGCCCGUUUACUUCCAUCCUCGGCCAGCAGAGAACUUGAGUUUAGUCGAGAGUAUUGAUUCCAUGAAUCCAUUGAUGGAUUGUAAGGUAGCAAAUCUGACAGAAGAAGAUGCUCCACAAAUCUACUCGAUUUGUGGCACUGGUGCUCGAGGCACAUUCCGAACAUUGAAGCAUGGUUUAGAAGUCAGCGAAAUUGUCGAGUCCGAAUUGCCUGGAAUUCCAUCCGCAGUGUGGACGACGAAGCUGACACGAGGAGAUACUUUCGAUGCAUACAUUAUUUUGUCAUUUUCAAAUGGGACGCUUGUUUUAAGCAUUGGUGAAACUGUAGAAGAAGUUACUGAUACAGGUUUUCUGUCGUCCGCGUCAACAUUGGCCGUUCAGCAGCUUGGAGAGGAUGGUUUGAUCCAGGUUCAUCCUAAAGGCAUUAGGCAUAUCCGUGCAGAUCGCCGUGUCAAUGAGUGGGCUGCUCCCCAACAUCGCUCCAUUGUAGCCGCAACUACAAAUGAGCGACAAGUCGCUGUUGCUUUGAGCUCUGGUGAAAUCGUGUACUUCGAAAUGGACUCGGACGGAUCUCUUGCCGAAUAUGACGAAAAGAAAGAAAUGAGCGGGACGGUAACCUGCCUCAGUCUUGGAGAGGUACCGGAGGGUCGUGUCCGGAGUCAGUUUCUCGCUGUUGGAUGUGAUGAUUCCACUGUUCGCAUUUUGAGUCUUGAUCCAGACUCUACCCUCGAAAAUAAAUCGGUGCAAGCUUUGACCUCGGCACCGUCAGCACUCUCAAUUAUGGCCAUGGCAGACUCUUCUUCGGGAGGUUCUACCCUUUAUCUUCACAUUGGUCUUUACUCUGGUGUAUACCUUCGAACCGUCCUAGAUGAAGUCACUGGCGAGCUUUCUGAUACACGAACACGCUUUCUAGGUCCAAAGCCAGCAAAACUUUUCCGAGUCUCGGUACAAGGCCAAACUGCAGUUCUUGCAUUGAGUUCUCGACCUUGGCUUGGAUACUCGGAUCCAGUAACCAAAGGCUUUAUGCUCACUCCUCUCAAUUACCCUGGUCUAGAAUGGGGAUGGAAUUUCAGCAGUGAACAAUGUACCGAGGGCAUGGUUGGAAUUCAAGGUCAAAACCUAAGGUACGUCAAUAUGCACAGUCAAUCUCCCAAAACCAAGAUGCUGUGAUGAUUUUCUUAUCGUUAAACUUUCUUACGUCCAAUGUGGCGAAUGAGGAAUAAAAUAUUAUUCCAAUUGUUCCUUCUGAGCAUGUCUUAUAAGAUUCCAUGCAAUACACCCAUAGUUAUGAGAAGCAGAGGCUAACUAUAUCACAAGAAUUUUCUCAAUUGAGAAACUUACAGAUAAUCUCCUUCAAGAGUCAAUACCUCUCACAUACACUCCUCGUCGAUUUGUUCGACAUCCUGAGCAUCCAUACUUUUACACCAUUGAAUCUGACAACAAUGUUCUCUCUCCUGCCGUCAGAACGAAGCUACUUACAGAUACUGGCGUUGUCAAUGGUGAUGCUAAAGUCCUUCCGCCAGAGGAGUUUGGUUAUCCACGUGGAAACGGUUAUUGGGCAUCUUGUAUUUCUAUCGUUGAUCCCGUCACCGAGAAAAAAGUUCUACAAAAGAUUGAGCUAGAAGAUAAUGAGGCGGCUGUCAGUGUUGCAACCGUAUCAUUUGCUAGUCAAGAAGAUGAAGUUUUCCUUGUGGUGGGAACAGGCCAAAACAUGGUGGUCAACCCAAGAUCAUCUGCAGCUGGGUUAAUUCAUGUGUAUCGAUUCCACGAAGAUGGUAAAGAAAUUGAGUUUAUCCACAAGACCAAGGUGGAAGAACCUCCUAUGGCUCUUUUGGGAUUCCAAGGAAGGCUCCUCGCUGGUGUUGGCAAAGACCUUCGAAUUUACGAUCUUGGUAUGCGACAAUUGCUUCGGAAGGCGCAAACGGAAGUUGUCCCUAAUCUAAUUGUUGGUCUCCAAACCCAGGGUAGUCGCAUUGUUGUUAGCGAUGUCCAGGAGAGCGUUGUCAUGGUUGUCUACAAGUUCCAGGAGAACAGACUUAUUCCUUUCGUCGAUGAUACAAUAGCACGUUGGACAUCAUGCACGACUAUGGUCGAUUACGAGACCGUUGCCGGCGGUGACAAGUUUGGAAACCUUUGGCUCCUCCGUUGUCCCGCCAAAGCAAGCGAAGAAGCCGAUGAAGAGGGAUCCGGUGCCCAUCUUCUGCAUGAGCGUCAAUACCUCCAAGGUGCACCUCACCGGUUGGCCCUGAUGGCACAUUUCUUCCCUCAGGAUAUUCCAAUGAGUAUUCAGAAGACGAAUCUCGUCGCCGGUGGUAAAGACUGCUUACUGUGGGCUGGACUUCAAGGAACACUUGGGAUUUUGAUUCCAUUUGUUGGGCGUGAAGAUGUUGAUUUCUUUCAGACUUUGGAGCAGCAUAUGAGAUCUGAAGAUGCGCCUUUGGCAGGAAGAGAUCACCUGAUUUAUAGAAGCUAUUACGUUCCUGUGAAGGGAGUGAUUGAUGGCGAUUUGUGCGAGCGAUAUACCCUUUUGCCUACGGAUAAGAAGCAGAUGAUUGCUGGGGAGCUGGACCGUUCUGUCCGAGAAAUUGAGAGGAAGAUAUCUGUAAGUUUGGAUCCAGGUACCUAUAUCAUUUACAAUCACUAAUUGAGAACAGGAUAUCCGGACACGUUCAGCAUACUGAUGAUAUUGAGGGAGAAUUGAACCUCAUCUAUUGUAUUAUAAAGACGGUACAGCAGUCGUACCGGUGAUGAGAUCACGACGAAUGAAUGACCUGAGAUCUAUACAUCUCACAGGAUGUAGUAAUAUGGAAUAUUUUUCUCAAAAAAAA